AUGGGUAAUUUUGUCACAGUACCAUCAUUGAAUAAACACAAAAAACCUGUGACUCCUACUGAUGUUAAUAUCAAUACAAUUACUAAACCAGAAAAAAAUGAUCGUCAUAUUGUUCACCAUAAUAUGCCGAUGGAUAGCGAAUCUAAAUUAUGGGUUAGAGUCAAAAAACCAUAUCGACGAAAACCACAGACAAACAAAGUUUGUACAACACGUUAUAAUAUUAUUACAUUUUUACCAAAAAAUUUAUUUGAACAAUUUCAUCGAAUUGCAAAUAUUUAUUUUGCCAUAUUGAUCGGUUUAAACUGGGUGCCGGCUUUAUCUGCCAUUUCGAGAAAUUGUCAGUGGCAAGAUUUAUCUGUGGGAUCAAUUAUUCGUGUGAACGCCAAUGAUGCUGUGCCAGCCGAUAUUAUUUUAUUAUCAUCAUCAUCGAAAGAGGAUACAUGCUUUUUGGAUACCGCAGCAAUCGACGGUGAAACAAACUUAAAACAAAAAACAAUACCAUCGUGUUUUUUAAAUAUUGAAUAUCCUGAGACAGAAAGUUUUGAAAUUCAAUGUGAUUUACCUAAUGAUGAUAUUUACCAUUUUCAUGGUCGUUUAACACUAUAUCCUAGUUUAAAAAUAUAUUCAUUGGAUAAUGCUAAUUUAUUAUUACGUGGAUGUGUCUUAAGAAUAACAGACUAUGUAGAUGGUAUUGUAAUUUAUGCUGGUAAUCAAACAAAAAUAAUAAAAUCAUCCCAUCAUUCAGCGAGUAAACGAAGUUUAAUUGAACAGUUUAUUAAUCGUGAUGUUGUGGCUUCAGCUAUUAUAUUAACAAUAUUAUGUUUAGUAUCAGCUGGUUUUUCAGUCUAUUGGGGUCAAUCAUUUUCUAAUUGGCAAUCAGUGUCAUUUAUCCUAGAUGAUCCAUGGGACAAUGUUGCUGCCAUUUUUUUUACGUCUGCAUUACGUUUUGUUAUUCUAUUUCAAGUCAUGGUGCCCAUUGCUCUAUAUGUUUCGCUAGAUAUUGUUCGUAUUAUUCAAAUGCGUGCUAUAGCGAGUGAUAAACAUCUCAAAUAUGAACAUCCAAUAUCUUGUAGAACAUUUACAAUAAAUGAAGAUCUCGGUCAGAUAGGCUACAUUUUCUCAGAUAAAACAGGAACAUUAACGCAAAAUAAAUUAGUUUUCAAAUCAGUGUCAAUUGGAGGCAUCCAUUAUAAAGAUAACAACUUAGAACUACCAGUUGAAGAUGAAACAGUUCGAUACUUUUUAACAGCAUUAGCAGUAUGUAAUACUGUUUUUAUUGUCAAUGAACAUCCAGAAUUAAUCGACAGAAUUGAGUUUAUACCAAAAUAUGAGGCUGAUAAUGCUGAUGAUUUGUGUUUAUGCCAAGCAGCAGCGUCUUUGUAUGGUGUUCGCAUGAUGUCAAAAACAGCACAAAAAAUUCUUGUACGUUAUAUCGAUAAAAGUCAAAAUGUAGUUAAUGUAGAAUUAGAAUUGUUAUGUUUGCUACCAUUUGAUUCGACAAGAAAACGAAUGUCAAUAAUUGUUCGAAUGAACAAUCAAAUAUUUUUAUUUAUCAAAGGAGCGGAAACAUCGAUAUGGCCUCAUUUGAAUGGGUUUAAUAAUGAAGUUGUAAAAGCGAAUACUGAGCAACAUAUUCAUAUGUUCGCUGAACGUGGUUAUCGAUCGUUGCUCGUCGCAUAUCGUCAACUGACGUUAACCGAGUUUGAAGAGUGGUAUCAAUGUUAUACACGUGCGGCUAAUUUAUUAGAAGGUCGUGAAGAAGCUAUAUCAGAAACUGCCGUGAAUAUCGAAAGAAAUCUGAUAUUAACUGGAGUGACCGCUGUUGAGGAUAAAUUACAAGAUGGUGUCCCAGAGUCUAUUGAAUCAUUGAGACUCGCUGGUAUCAAAAUAUGGCUUUUGACCGGAGACAAACAAACAAUAUCCGGAGCGUUUCAUGCUACAACAACAACUCAAACUAGACAAUCAGCAUCAACUUUCAUGUGCUAUUACAGUAGUAACAAAAUUGAAGCCGAACAAGAACUAGGACGAGAUACGAUGUUAUCAAUCGAAGAACUUACAACACACACACUAACACGAAUGAGUGAAAUAAUUGCUGCUCACUUGCCUCACGUGUGUAUGAUUGUCACUGGAGACGAUCUCCAAACCAUUUUCAAAUAUAAAGCAAAAGAAUUUAUUAAAAUUGCAGCUGACUGUGAAUCGGUUAUGUAUUGUCGUGUAUCAGCUACACAAAAGCGUGAAUUAGUUACGGUUGCCAAACAGGUGUUUAAAAGUCGUAUCUUGAGCAUAGGAGACGGAGCGAAUGAUGUAGGAAUGUUACGUGAAGCACAUUGUGGUGUUGCGGUAUUCGGACGAGAAGGCAGUCAAGCUGUUGCAGUUGGAGAUUUUGCUGUUGAUCGAUUUGAAUGUUUACGUUACUUGUUAUUAGUUCAUGGAGCAUGGUGUUUUUCAAGGACAACUGAAUUAAUACUGUAUACAUUUAUGCACAAUGCCGCCUAUUGUGCAGCUGCAUUAUUCGAUGAACAUAUUUCAGCUGAUGCUGCCCUAAAAAAUCCUGAAUUAUAUCAGUAUACAUUGAAAGCAAAACCAUAUCGUAUCUAUCAUUAUUGGAUUAAUUUUUUCGAUGCUGUCUGGCAGUCCGCAUGCAUAUUUUUUAUCGCGUAUUUUGCAUAUUUGACAAAUUCUGAAUACGAUGAAUUAUCGUUUGGACUUUCAUUAAUUUGCAGUAUGACAAUAACAUCAUUGAUACAUGUUUUAUUACAAGCUACACGAAUAGGAAUGUUACUAGGAGCGUCCGUAAUAUUAAGUCUAUUAGUAUUUCUUGGUUUUACAUUAAUAUUCGAUAUAACAUGUGUAACAUGUUUACCAGCGCAAAGUCCAUACGGUGUCGCCUAUCACGUUUUCAAAGAUCCAUUAUUUUAUCUCGUUACUCUCUUGACAUGCGUAUGCGCAAUGACACCCAGAUAUUUAAUUAAAUGUGUCUAUAAUUCUACAGUGAACCCAUUAAUAAAAUACCAAAAAUUACAAUCAACUAUAAUUGAUACUCAUUUCUGA